GUGUGCAUGCUCCUUCGGUUUGACAUUCAGAUGAUACGACCUGUCCAAUAAAAAAUGUACUCUUCUCUCAGUUACCACUGCGAUACCCCGUGCAACUCCAUCUGCCUGCAGUCCGUUGUGUCGUUUGGUGGACUGUGGUAAUCCUAUGUCAUUGAACAAUUAGCCCGCAUAGGUACAUGCUACGUCUGAUAUGCAUGGAUACAACUGUUUGACUUCUUAUCGCUGCUUAUGCCAUUUCCUAAACUGACAUCGCGUUCUAUGGAAAUUGGCGAACAGUUUGCAGUCGUAGUAGAUCUGAAGUUAAAUGUGAAGUUGUUGGCUAGGAUGCUAGCGUGAAGGUCUGAGGCCCAUGACGGACAGGGAAACUUGAGCUUCAAAUGUUGCACACUACGCGUCAUCCCGACGACAACUUUAUGCUCCUAGUGAUGUACCGUACCUUUCAUUGGUUAUUAACUGAAUGUUGUUCCAGAAAAGGAAAACUAGUAUCAGCGACACGAGGUUUCAUGAUGCAACCAUAACACCACCAACCCGCACGAAUUACGGUACCAGAGUUGAUUCACUCCGUGUUUAUGAACAUGUUUUUAUGAACGAGUAUGAAUGAGUGUUAGGUGACUCGAUGUCAAAUGCGGCCUUGAAUUGCCCACGCAUGUGAGACGUCAGGUAGCAACCACCACUCCGAAGGACGUCAUAGAAGGAGUUUUGACAAAGGUUUCCUGCCAAAAUGCCUCUAAAAUUACGAUCAGUCAUUCCCUACACACUGCCUGGAGUCCUAGCCUUAAUUGGCUGGUGGUGGUUCAUCUCCCGCAAAAAAGAACGUCACAUUGGUCAUAACAGUCCAGAGGGAGCUUCGAAUCAUGUGACCCUUCAGGACUCUCCUAUAGAUGGGAGCAAUGGGUUGGCUGAAAAAGUUGCACAUUGUCCAGACAAUGACACAUCACUGACAGACCAGAGAAAAGGACUUCCCAAUGUGUCACAUGAAAAAGGACCUUCACUGAAACAAACUGCAGCUGAACUAGUGUUACAUCCGGAUGAAACAAAUCAGGAACUUGGUGAGCCUGCUGUGCCCGUGCUAGCCUCACCCGAAGGAAGAUCAGGCAUGUCCCCGGAAGGCUGUAAAGAUCCAGAAAACCUUACACCUUCUACCCCACUAUCAUCUGACGUUUCAUAUGAAGAAAGGGAACUUCUUGGUGGAAAGAAAAAAAAAGAAAUCAUUUCUUGCCAGUCCAUCCCAAAUAUCUGCUCUUCUCCAACAACGCUUUUGUCAGAAGCUGAAAGACCUGAGCCAGAAGGAGAAGUUGCAAAGCACCAACUCACCAGUAGUCUACAGAAUGAUGGCUGCACCAUUUCUUCAGUUAAAAAAUACCAAGUAACCUCUGCUAAGUCGUGUGAUAUUUCCUCUUCAAUUCAGGAUUCCCACCAAAUCAUACUAACCAGCACUCCGUCCUCUCUGAAUGUGACUUCACCUGCUCCGAGUACUUUUCAAGACCUCACCAUCAUAUCUGCAACUCCUGAAAGCAUCAAUGCACAGAGGAGCACGGGUGAGGAACAAACUCUGGAGCUUCUGGCAGCUGAACUCAUAACUGAGGUCAUCACAGCAGCCACCCAAGAGGUCCUCUGUGUUUCUAGUUCGGUUGCAAGCACAAACUCAAUAAGUUGCAGUAGCUUCCAUCAAUGUUCCGAUGGGUUGGUCUCUCCCAGUUGGCAGAACCAGAAUGUCACCUCAAACUGCUUUCAAAGUCUUUCUGAGUCUGCACAGACUGGAAGUACACAAACUAAGCUGGAAGGUAUGUCCAAUGGAUGCUCUUCUUCGGCAUGGAAGUCAGUGGACGACUAUCAGAGCCAUAAAACAGAAAGAGGACAUUGGCCUGAAUCGUCGCAUCAUGACCUACAAAGUGCUUCGCCAAAAGUAAAAUUAAAAGGUAUAGAAGCGUCCUCACUUGCAGAAGACUCUGCUUGCAGCACAUGCCUCUCUGAGGGCGAUAUCACCAGCAAAGAGCUCCAUACAGGGAUGUUUGACAAUAAAGCAGACAUGGUCCAGAUAACUGAUCUGUCUGGAAGUGACCACUGUCGAUCUCCUCUGCCAGAGGAAAGGGCAAUGGAAGCAUCAGUUUUAGCAUUGACUGAGGAAAGCCAAGAUGGUGCACUGUGUGAAUCUGUGCAGCUGGAUGAAGAUAACAUUAGAAAUGGGGCUCAUUUGACUUUUGAGGCAGAUGCGGACCAGUCCGGUGGAGAGUCCACAGUUGGUUCAGACGUAAACAGUAUGGACUCAGUUGAUAGUGGUUGCACAAUGGGUGGUGGUGACAGCCAAAGCAACCACACUUCCUCUCAGGGCUCCGAACCUGUGGUCUGGGAAAUAGAGGUGCCGAAGCAUCUGGUGGGCCGGUUAAUUGGGAAGCAAGGAAGAUAUGUGAGUUUCCUGAAGCAGACCUCCGGAGCAAUGAUUUACAUCUCCAUACUUCCAUAUACGCAAGACUUCCAGAUCUGUCACAUCGAGGGGACACAACAGCAGGUGGACAAAGCCCUGUCCCUUAUUGGGAAGAAGUUUAAAGAUCUGGACUUGACAAACUUCUAUGCGCCUCCUCCACCUCCUCUGACCCUGCCCUCAUUGCCCAUGACCUCCUGGCUUCUUCUUCCCAGUGGAGUAACAGUUGAGGUGAUUGUGGUGAAUAUUGUAUCCGCUGGCCACAUCUUUGUGCAGCAGCACACACACCCUACCUACCAUGCCCUGCGCAGCCUGGAUCAGCAAAUGUUCAUCUGCUACUCGCAGCCAGGGGCCCCCACACUCCCUUCCCCAGCUGAAGUUGGAGUCAUCUGUGCGGCUCCUGCGGUUGAGGGAGCAUGGUGGAGAGCUCAAGUUAUUACGUUCUAUAAAGAAACAAAUGAAGUAGAGAUAAGAUAUGUUGACUAUGGUGGAUAUGACCGUGUGAAGAUUGACUCUCUACGACAAAUCAGAUCAGAUUUUGUGACAUUACCAUUUCAAGGAGCUGAAGUCCUACUUGACAACAUUGUCCCACUGCCUGGAGAAGACCGUUUUUCCACCGCAGCUACAUCUGCACUGGAGGAGUUGACCAGAGGAGUUGCUCUGCUUGCACAGGUGUCAAACUAUGAUAAUAACACUGGACUGCCACUGGUACACCUGUGGAAUAUGGUGGGAGAUGAGGUAAUUUCAAUCAACCGUUCUUUGGCGGAGAGAGGGCUCGGGAUAUGGGUGGACACGUUUUGACAAGACUCACCUACACACAACUACUUUCAUAUGGUCAUGAUGACUUCGACCAGGGAUGCCUGAUGUCUUAGGACAACCAGAUACCUAUUUAGUUUUGAUUUGAUUUUUUUUUUUUGUCCUCAUCUCUCGAAUGAUAAUAAAUAUUUGAAGGCAUAAUCACACUUAAACAUUACCCCCCUUUGGUUGUUGAUGAUGAGGACAGCUACUGGUGUCAAAAAAAUAAAUAAAUAAAAAAAGCUUUCUGUUAAGUAAAGGUUCAAAUCAUAUUUAUUUUCCCAUCCUACUUUUGCUUGGAAGCUUUUGCACACUGAUGCUUAUACCUGCCUGGAUUAAUCCAGGUAUGUUUGUCACGAGUUGGAUGUCCUUCCUGCCUUCUGUUCAUAAAUGUGUGUGGAGAUAGUUUUUCCUUCCCGCUCAGCUUCUUGUUGUAACUGUUUAAAAAACGGAAGCAUAAAAAACACUGGGAAAGUCUUGGAGAAAAGAGUACAUGUGUCUAAUCAUGAAAGGAACAAGGCUGCUAGUGAUCUGCAUCAAUCCAUGAAGUGUUAGUAGCUCAUUUCAGUUCACCCAAAGAACUGUUCUAUGUGUGGGUUAGUAAGAACUUGCCAAACCACAGCCCACGGUUAUCUGAGGCCUAGAACCCCCUUGUGGUUUCCCACUUUAAUUUGGAAAGUUCUCAAAGUGCUGAGACGGCAUUUAAUAUUGAUACCUGAAGUCAUGCGUCAGAAUGAAAUUUGGGGGGACAAAAGACUUCAAAUAUUUCAUAUAAAGUUAAUUUGGAUAUGAUAUUUAAAUAAGCUCUACAGAAGACAGGAGUGUUAAUUGCGGAUAACAUGCUCACAUCUUGCUCUUUUGUCUGUCACCUACUGUACUUUUUUGGUAAUCUGCUGUCAUUUUGGAGUUUGAUUUUUGCAAUUGUAGCACAAGACAAAGAGCCCUGUUGCAUGCAGUAACUCACUGUGUCUUGUUCCUAUGAUAUUUGGCUACAGCUUUUCUCCAAAUAUAUAAAAACAUAUUCUAUCAGGCAAUAAAGCAGCUUUUGAGUUUUAGAAACUUCAGAUGUCAUAAAAAAAGAUUAAAAGUAAAAGUCAUCAGUAGCUCAUCUCAGGAUAUGGAGUAGAAUGUUCAGCAGGUGAAAGUGUCAAUGCGACAAUGCCGAUGUUCAUUAUUUUAGUGCAGAAAUCCUCCAAGUCUUGUCAAACCUGAAAUUAUAUUACACUUUCAUUUCUCUGUAAAUAAGACAUUGACUGUACUUUUCUAAAUCACUUAGAACAAGGUCUAAAGGGAACACUUGUGUUUGGCUUGUUUUUGGAACUUCACUAUUUGCUCGUGUCCCUUUUCUAAAGCAGCAUGUCUGCAUAGCGAGACAAGUCAUCAUUUGAUUCCUCAAUUGUGUGUUGAACUGUUAAGUCUGGAAACAUUUAAGAUGUACAGGAUGCUUUUUGCUAGGCUAUGAAGUUCUGAUUUCUUGAUUGUUCAGGUCUAAAAUAAAAAUAAAGGUUAUUGAAAAAGCUUCUCUGUGAACAGAAGAUGCAGCGCUUGAUUUGUUCAACCAUUGAGCAAAUUUCCCUUUUUCUCAGGUAGAAAAAAGUACGCUGCGGGCUUCUAAUCCCGACGUGGACUUAAGAUUGCGGCCAACUGAACAUAUCUUGAUUUCAUUUCCUGAGUAUUUCCUGAACACAAAACACAUCCCCAUGCCAUGUCCGUCACAAGUAAAAUGAAUUCUUACCAUUUUUGUUAAAUCAUUUGCUGAGCCAAAAUUAAUGGCAGUUCAUGUGUUCGGUCUGAACAAAUUUUCACACACAUUUGCACACUAUUGGCUGCAAUUGUUGUGUAAUUGUGUGUGUAAAAUUGAUUCCAUUGUUCAUCUUCCACCAGUCCAGAUGCCUGUCUGAGGAGGAACAAGAUAAAGACCUGAAUUUCAGUCACAUAUUUCAUCUCUCCUUCUGGGAGUAUAUGAUGAUGGGGGCAUACAAUGUGUGACAUCCAACAUUUACGCCCUAUGGAUAAGGAGGCUGAAUAUAGUUUCCAUUCUAGGCAGAAUUCAUUGUCAUCCAGCAACACAGAAGUUCCAAGUUCGUUUAUAAAGGAGGAAGAUUUUGAAAACUGAUGACUGUAGUGACAUAAUACACAGGCCCAUAAUUAAUUAUACGAAUUGAUGACAAUUAUUAUUCUCUCCAGCGGUGAAGAUUUUUAAAAUGUUAUUUGUGGCGCAAUUGCUUUUAAUUCAAGCUCCAAAAUACAUUUUGCAUGUUCACGCAUUUUUUAGUUGGACAUUAAUGUCUACAAAUUAAUUGGAGGGGCCAGAGAAACUGGUGCAAUGUCAGCAGUGAUUUUGACUGCCAUUGGCAUGAAAAUGUAAAAUUCCACUCGGUUUGAUGGAGUCUAUUGAAAGUGUGGGGAAAGAUAUCACUGACUGUGCAGAGCGAAUCACAGAGGCAGAAAGAAGGAUUUUGUCAACUGAAGACAAUAUUCCAUCUCUGUAAACUAAAGUGAAAGUCCUGGAGAAAAAAAAUAAUAAAAGGAUUGGAGUGACAGCUAAUGGACCUCCAGUCGAGAUCGGGGCACAAUAAUUGGAGAUCGGUGAAUCUUCCAGAGAAGGGAGGAAGAUAUGUGUGCCUUUUGGAGAACUAGUUACUGGAGACGCUGCAGUGGCCAACGGGGCACAAAACUAAAAUCGUGGAGAGAGCAAAUUGAAUUUGCCUAAAUCAUCAGAGCAAUAAUGAUCGUGAAGUUUUUGAACUGACAAGAUAAAGAACUGGUGAUGAUGGACUAAAAUCAGCCAGUAAAAUUUUAUCAAGAUGUGGCGACAAGUGUGCACAAAGACUGCAAAUGAGUCAGGAAAAUCUUCCAAAUCUUGGUUGGUUUCAGUUUAAUGUUUGUGGAAGUUAGAUUUUAAUAAAUGACUGUUAAAUUUUGAUAGAAAAUUUAUACAUAAUUGAAAACAUAUUCAGUACAGCAGACUGUCAGUUAAGUAUAUUUUGUACCAACACUUGAAGUAAGUAGGGAUGGUGUCUUGUGAAUCCCUAUUCACGAGACACCAAGGACUAUUUUGUGUAGCGUAUUUAUAGAUCAUCAAAGUAGGGACAUAACAAGUGAGUGCCAGUGGUCACCUUUUUUUGUAUUUGUCUCAGACCAAAAUAAACUUGAACGGAAAGAACUC